CGCACGUUCGCUAAUCAAUCCGCUUUCGCGCUUAUCAACAAGUAUACCGCAUACAAAAUCGGCACGCCGAUGCUGUUCGGUUAGUCGUUGUGGGGUUGUCCCGAGGUCAUGUAACGUCUGCAGUCAGUGGUGUCAGGAUCGUCGACUGCGACGGCACGUUUGCAGGGGAUGAAGCCUUGUUGAGAAGCUGGUCAGAUCGCGUCACGUUUUAUUGGAUCCUUCGGCUCUCCCGAUCAUCUCUCGCUCGACUCUUCGUGCUUCCCAUUUAAUCGACAGCUUCGAUCGCAUCGUUGUUCGCGUUAAUAAAGCACCGUGCUGUUUCGUGACGAAUACCUUCACAUGUCGUGACACGAACGUGUCGCACGUGAACAAAUACGUGUUAGCGUGACAGUCGGCCACGCGAUUUCCUCCUUCGACGAGUCGCUAUUUCCUAGGAGAGUCGUCUAAUAAUUAAGUGAAUCAUCUCCAACCACCUCUUUUCUCGUGUUGUCUUAAUUGCAUCGAAUAGUCGUACACGUUUUUCACGGCAAUUUGACUUUUCAUAUUGAAUUUGAUAUUUCUGAAAAAUUUAUUAUCCAAUUUAGCGAUAUGCUUUGCCAAAUUUGACAUUUCUGAAAAAUCAUUGAUAUAAUCUAGCGAUACCUUGGUAGAUUUUAUUGAGCUAUAUAUGUGUUAAUAAAUUGUCUCGCACAUCACAACAAAAGUCAAGUGUCCGCACAUUUUUUACGCUAUUUCGGUUACCGAGACGAGCCGGGGAUUUUUCUCGAGUCUCAAGAAGCAUCGUUUAUAUAUUUUUAUAGAGAAUCAUUAAGCACGUUUGCCUCGUGCGGUUUGUUUUGGAUAUAAUCUUGAUUACUUCAUCUCUAUAUAAUAUUUCUGUCAGACAUUUCGCAAAGUGUUCACCUGUUCCUAGUGAUUUAUUUCAACGUCCUUUUGCAUUCUAGCGGAACCAAUGACGUUUAGAAAGAUUAGAUAAAGACGCGGAACAUCUUUUUUGGAUUUUGGCAAACGAAACGCGAUCUCGCGAUCUCUGACGAUGAAGCAAUUAUCCGAGAUCUCGCGAGAUUAAAAUCCUGACGUUGCGAAGAGAAUUCGAAGCUUAGGCUAGCUCAUCCCUUCACAAAUAAUGCUCUAUUUUAAAAACUAUAUUCCAUUUUGAAAAUAUGCAUGUCUCUAUCCUUUUUCCAGGAGAAAAUUUCAAAACGUUUUAUUUUAUUAUGAAAGCUGCAAGUAUUUUUUUCAAUAAAAUUCAUUGUGUCGUUUUUCCGAAUUAAUAAUAAAAAAAAAAAAAGUUCUGCACCGUCAAAACAUUGCCAAAAUUUUGCAUCACGGCGCAUCGGUCGAUGACGCCGAGGUGCUGGAGGACGCGAGGGUGCUUUCGCGGAUGGGAGAAAAGGAGGGCGCGAUUUUCGGAAAGCGCGAUCGCGUCGCUAAAAAUAGACGCGAUCCUCGUGUGUGCGUGUGCGCUGGAUGCUUUUAAACAUAGUUUUGGCAGGCAGAAACGUCAAAGCGCCUCGGAGUGGCAGAGCGCGAGGAUCGUUUCGCAAAUUUCGGAGAGAAAGAGAGAGCUUUCAUUUUAUUGUUCCCCGCCGAAACGCGAAAAACCUCUCGAAAGAUUCCGAGUUAAAUUUCAUUCCUGUCUCAAGACAGUCGCGAAAUAUCGAGUUUCACUCCGAUAAAUUGAAAGGCAAAAAAAAAUGAAAGGUGCAUCGGAGAAGUUUGACAAGGAAAAUCAACGGCCGAUGGUGACGGUGCAGCCGGUCGACGAGAAUGCAGCCGAAGACGUGCAGCAGGAAGAUGCGAUGUCAGCUGGUAAUAAAAGCGCGGACGAGGCUGUGAGCGAUGCGCUGUUGGAGAAGCUGCGAACUCACGCGGCUAAACCGCAGGAAGCGGGCGACGCGCUCAGGGCGAUCGCGGCCAAGAUUCACGCGCGUGUCACUUCAUCAGAUCGACGAAUACGCGAGCGCACAUUGGAGAAGCUCUGGCGCAAGAAUUCCGGCGCGAUGGAAUCGUUUAUUAUGACACUGGAGAACUGCAAGGAUCACGUUGCCAAUUGUAGUAUCACCGGCAUACUUCACGAAUGCAUAUCACCCCGAGUGACCAAAGGCAAAUCCAAGGAGAAGGCGAGCAAGAACAAGAGUACCACAAGAACCAGUAGUCGCAUGGCGGUCAUUCAACUGAUCAACUUAGGUAUCACGCAAGUCCUAGUUAAACUUUUAAUUAACCUGCAACACGCAGACACCAUCACGAGCGAAGUACUCACUCAAGACAUUCUCUGGAUUUUGGGCCAGGUGGCUCAGAGGGACCAGAAAUUUGUGUCAAAGAUGAAAUUGCUCAACUCCAUAAAAGUGUUCCACGCGUUGUUAAAACAACAUUACAACAAUAGCAAGACGUUAUUGUCGCUGCUGUUGAUUAUCAAAACUCUGGCUAAAAACUCUUUUUCCUUACAAAUGCUAGUGAAAGACGGCAUUAGUAGCACCUUGGAAAAAACAUUCGUCAGCGUUGGUUAUACUCCACACUUGAAGCUGAAAACAUUGCUGGAAUGCUUCAAACAUUUUACAGUUAAUAAACUUUGCUGCAACAAGUUCGUUAAAGUUGGGAUGGUAUAUCUUCUAAUGCGUAUCUUCGAAAGAUGGGAGAGAUUCGACGGGCAAAUGAGACUGAAGAUUUGUAAUUACGCUCUUAAUACGCUUCAACAUCUCUGCGUUAUAAAAGCUGGAAGGAAGGCUAUCAAGUCGAACAAUGGCCUACAGCUACUGUACCGGUUUUGUACGAAUUGUCCAGAAGACAGAGCUUACGACUGCCUGCUGUCGCGUAUCUGUGGGAUAAUCAAUCAAUGUCUGGAGAAGAGAGAACUGCCAGUGCCCGAAAUGUCUCCCGCGAGAUUUGUUCUGUCCGAAGCGAAUGUCAGGGCGAACAGUGCUGAAAGCGGUAGCGAUAUCGACAGCCAGGCGAACAGCGUGGCUUCCAUCGCCAGCGUGGGUAGAUUGUACAGCGAUCUCGAUUCCGGCGACGAUGAGGAGAGUCAUGAUUCCAGGAAUACGAUGGAUAAUGCGAUUCACGUGGGCGACGAGGUGGACGAGAGCAAAUUCUUCGCUGGAGUCUUCACUUCGCAGAGAUCUGAAGAGGACCUCGUCCGAUACCAUACGUUCUUCAAGGAGCUGGGUAAUCUGCGAUCACAAUUACAACUCACCGGCUUGUCCAACGUCAAGAUAGCCGAUCUUUGUUGGGCAGAGGAUGAUCGGCUGAGUUCUCAGUUCACGAAGAUCGGAAAGGCUCCGAUGAAGGACUUUUCCAAAUCCAACGGGACAAAGGAUCGAUUCGAGAGUAAUAACACGCACGAUCUGAAGAUCUUGAGAGACGUGUCGGCGAACAUCACGGAUCGACAGGCGUACUGCGCCGUGGCGAGCAAGGUGAGAAGCGUCAUCAGUUUCGUCAAGGUCGCCUAUCCGGACCUAAUCGGCGGGGACGGUUCGGGAAAGGCCGAGCCGCUGAACACCAAGGACCGGAAGGUUUGUCGCGCGAAACUACUGACCUGCGUGGAACGCGGCCUCCACGCCGUCACCACCGUCCAGGAAGUCGUCUACGAUCUCGAUGCUCUCGCGAGCGCCGCUUCCCGGCGAUCGUCUUCGACGAGCGACGAGCGACUCCUCGGCAACUGGGACGAAAGGAAGAUCGCUGGCAAGCGUAACUCGUCUGACGUGGGGCAGUUGCAGUUCGAGUCUAGAUUCGAAAGCGGAAAUCUGAGGAAAGCCAUUCAGAUAGGUCCGCGAGAGUACGAUCUCAUCCUGACGCCGGAUGUCAACAGCGGUUCCAGGCAUCAGUGGUUCUACUUCGAGGUUUCUGGGAUGGAGGCGGACGUGUCAUAUACGUUCAACAUAAUCAACUGCGAGAAGGCCAACUCGCAGUUCAAUUUCGGCAUGAAGCCGAUACUCUUCAGCGUUACGGAGGCGCAGUGCGGCAGACCCGGUUGGGUGAGGACCGGCGUCGACAUCUGCUACUAUCGAAACUGUUAUCAACGACCUGGUAAAGGGAAGACGUACCUGACGACGUCCUUCACGGUCGCGUUUCCGCACGCGUCCGACGUCUGUUACCUGGCGUAUCAUUUCCCGUACACGUACAGCCGGCUGGUAGCCAACAUCUGGAAGUGGACGAGAAGCGUCUCCGCGGAAAAUAUGUACUUUAGCGCGGAGACCCUCUGCGAGACCUUAAACGGCAACGAGAAUCCUGUGCUCACCAUCACGUCACCGGAUUCCCAGACCAAUCCUAUACAAAAUCGAAAGAUGAUCUUCUUAACGUCCAGAGUACAUCCCGGUGAAAGCAACGCGUCCUGGGUUAUGCAUGGCACCAUGGAGGCCCUCCUAAGUGACAGCCAAUACGCCAGCAGUCUACGUGACGAUUAUGUGUUCAAAAUAAUUCCUAUGCUAAAUAUAGAAGGAGUCGUGAACGGCUGCAAUCGUUACGGUCUGACGAACGAGGACUUGAAUCGACGCUGGAGCAAUCCCAAUCAGCUGUACCACCCGGUGAUCUAUCACACCAAGGGCCUGAUGGAGUACUGCGCCAGGGUGCUUCAAAGGCCGCCCCACGUUUUCGUCGAUUACCACGGCCACUCGCGAAGGAAGAACGUGUUUCUGUUCGGUUGUUCAAGGUCGGGUUCCUGGAGCGCCGCUGACAGGGCGAAACCGGACCAGCCGGUGCAGUAUUUGAUGUUACCGCAUCUCAUGCAGAGGACUUCGCCAGCUUUCGCUUUGCCGCUCUGCUCCUUCAAGGUCGAGAGGAAUAAGGAAUCCACCGCCAGGGUCGCCGUAUGGCGGCAGUUGGGUGUCUCGAGAAGUUAUACGAUGGAGAGCAGCUUUUGUGGAUGCGAUCAAGGCACAUUGGCCGGAUUGCAUCUCGAUACUGGGCAUCUUAAAGCCAUUGGAAGAGAUUUCUGUCAAGCUCUAUCCAUGAUGAAAAACACUGAUGAGGAAUGGGCCAUCGAAAAAAUUUCCACGGAAGGACAUCUCGAGAAGACAGGAUGUAUAGGACAGGAUGAGGUAUGUUCCGACAGCGAAUCCAAUGAGUCCGAUUUUGAGACUUAGGAGAUUCCGCACUUUAGCCAAUUCUAUUAAAAUAAUUAUAUGAGAUUGAUUAUUCAAUUGUUCGCAUUAUACAAUUUAAAAAUUGAUAUAAAGAUUAUAUAAAUUUUCGUUUUGAUAGUAUAGCGUAAAGUGCAUCAUACUUUACAAGGAGAAAAAUAUUUUUAUAUUUAUUUCAAACAUUUAUUUCAAACUGAUAACAAAGUUUUUAAUCGCUAUCUCUUAUAAAAAUACUAUCUACGUCGUAAAAUAUAUUUGUACGUAUUUCGAAAAUUGAAUAUACUUUGCAAAUUAAAUUUUACCGUAUAAAUAAAAUUAUUCGCCAUAGAUUUAAUACUUGAAAGCGCGCUACUUAAGUCAGUUAUAUAUGGCCACGCAAUUCAACUAAAAAAAGCUACCAUUAAAAAAUCAUCAUUUAAAUAAACAACAACAUAUAUAAAGAAAGUUUUAUAUAUUUAGGAAAUUUGGAUUAUAUCUUUAUAAAAAAAAAAAA